AUGGUGUUGCUACUCGACGCUAGCCACACGACGUAUGAAGGAACCAAAUGGUGCCUGAAGUAUAAGUACUCAUCAGCUUUGGAAACUCGAGCUGGAACACAGAUGCGAAUUCCACAAAAGAUGUCCGAAAUUCUCUUCUCAAUGAACAACAAGGAGGCACGAACUGCUUAUCGUGAUGAAGAUCGCACUGGUGGAGCAGGGCCUGGGCCCGGUUCAGAUUAUCGACUUUGA